AUGGUGGACCGGAUUGACGAGUAUCGUUUGGAAGCAUGGAUUGAAUUAGUCAUCCUUCGUCAUUUGACUGGUCAAGACGACGAGGAAAUCCAGCAGCAACCAGCUGGCAGCAGCACUACGGUGGUCGUCAGAUCUGACACGGAGGAAGAGAAAAAAAUUGCCCCCAGUGCCGGAAGUUCUUCAGGGAGAUUCGGCCCUCAGGAUGGAAUAUCUUUCCUUCAAAACUUGACGCAGUUCGCCUUCCUCAAGCGCGAAGCGGGGAGAUUUGCCCGGACACUGCUCAAAAUACUGUUGAAGCACUUGUCGCCCAACAGUCGAGGAAACGUGACACCAGACCUGGUGCUUAUCAUGGUCAAAUUAGCCGUGAGGUCCAUCGGGGAGGCGGUGGCGUUUCUGUUUACUAUUCCCAUUGUCUUCAGCUAUGCCCAAGAGAAAACCUUUAUAGCUGCGGUGACGGAAGACAGUCAAAAUGAGCUGCAACUAUGUCCGCUUCACUCGGUUCACAUUGCGGCUAAAAGCGGCGCUGCUGCUAGUGGAGGAGGAAGUUCCUUGAAACUGGGAACGCCAUCAUCGAGUUCGAGCACGACCUUGCAGUCAGAUAGACCUCAUCAGCCGCUUUGCCAAUGGGCCAAAGUCCAGGGACACCCGGGAUUGUUGUUGACUCAGGCUCCCAGAGAGGUGAUAGUUGAUACUGCUGGAGUUGGGAUUGAAAAUGCUUUUUUGGUAGAGUCACGCCAUGUUGGAAACUGGAAUAUAUUUCACUGUAUUUGCUGCAAAUUGGAUACCCAUGCAGUACCUGAUUCCACUCGCCUACCAUUCUUGCUAAACCCCAUCCUUGUGGUUGAUCCUAAUCAAAUCUUGAAACUGCAACAAACUGAAAGAUUUUCUUCAGUUUACAAUGUUGUUCUACCCUGGCUUGGAAACUCUGGACCAUCUUCUCCAAGGAACUUCCCAGACAAAGGAUCCCAAGCAGAUCAAAUUGCUGCCACCAUUCAACAAAUGAUGUCUAGUUAUUUGAAAAAGGAGGAAGAAAAGGUUACUUGCUCAAAAAGAAACACCUAUAGGGAAGAAUAUGCAGUCAUUGAGCCUCAACAGGAGCGAAGUCACUCCUCCCACUACACCCACUAGAAUUGGGUCGUUUAAUUUCACUUCUCCAACCAA